AACUAGCGAAGUUGAGACUCGGAAAAUUCAGAAAAUCAGGGACUGGUGUCAGCGAGUGACGAGAUUGGCAAAACCGCUCGGGGCUUGCUGCGGACGCGGAAUUCUGUCCGUUGAGUUAUCCGGUGGGAAUUCCCUUCAUCGAAACGUCUUGGACUCGCGCCUCACACGUGGGUCGAGUCCAGCUUGGACAUCUAGCAAGUCCAUGUGGACUUUUAAUCGCAUCGGGGUUGUGGCAGUGAAAUCCGGCGUCUCGCACGACAGCCCGGGAACAGUAACGACCAUGGGGACACCACGGAGAACGAGCCUUGGCACACGAGGUAUUAUACGUCGGGCAUUCACCGACUCCGACGGAGGCAGCAGCUUAGCAGCGCAUGGUCGUUUCUGUACGGUCCAAGCGUUGUGCGGCUGCGGAGAAAUAUGUACACUAUCAGGGCAAAAAGACGGUGGUGGUGGUCGUUUUUGCCAAGUUUCAUUGCAGCACGUGAUAAUAUACUUUCUCCCUCUCCCCCUCAUCUCCGCUCCGACUUGGAAAUGCGCUCGCUACCUUCAUCACUAACACUCUUUCUCGCCGCCACUCUUUUCGAAGCCGCCCAAGCCGUAACCGUACCUUUCGAAGUCCACACCACCAACAAACCGCUUCCACAUCACAAUGCGAGACGGAGUGCUGCGCCCAUAUCCAACAACGGCAAUGCCGCCUACAUCAGCAACAUAACACUCGGAGGUGUAACUGUUCCUGUGAUUCUUGACACCGGGAGCUCCGACCUAUGGGUAACCUUCCAGGGCUCACCACCCGCCGCUUCUAAGGAUACGGGGAAGAGUCUUGCGCUGAACUAUGCCGUGGGAUCUGCCUCCGGCAACAUCCACACGGUCGAGCUGCAGUUCGCCGGCUUCACAGUCCCAGAUCAGGCCUUCCUUCAGGUGGCGAACUCGAGCUCGUUCUCCACCGACUCUGCCUAUGACGGUCUGGUCGGCCUCGGUCCAAACGAAGGCUCCUCAAUCCAGUCGAAACUCGGCUCACCACAGGGGGAUAUGGUCCUCAACCGCAUGUUCCAGCAGAACAACCUCUCAUCAAAUUUCAUCACAUUCCUCCUUUCGCGCACCAACGAUCCUGCGGCGAAACUGACCGGACAGUUCACCAUCGGCGAAGCCGUUGCUGGGUUCGAGAAUAUCACGAGCCAGACGAAGCUGAAUGUGGAGACGGUGCACAGACUGCUGAACGAUCAGCAGCACUGGCAAGCUCUAACGGAUGUGAACAGCGUUACUGGUCCUGAUGGGAAUGUGAUCAACAUCGGCUCGAUUGUGCCCAAGGCACCGGAUGGCCAGCUCGUCGCGGUGUUCGACUCUGGCUUUACCUUCAGUCAAGUCCCUCGCAAGAUGUCGGAUGCUAUCUACGGACGCGUUCAGGGCGCGGUGUAUGAUACCAAGAACGAGUGGUGGACUGUGCCUUGCGGGCAAGAGAUCAACGUCACCUUCCACUUUGGUGGAGUGGCUUUCCCAGUGCACCCGCUCGACGCGGUUGACGACAAUUUCAAGAUCAAGGAUGCGAGCGGGAACCCUGUCUGUAUCGGUGCCUUCCAACCUAUCACCAGUGCCUUCAGUUUGUUCGGAAAUUUCGACAUGAUCAUGGGCAUGACUUUCCUGCGCAAUGCCUACACGCUCCUCGACUACGGACGCUGGGCCACAGGCUCAUCCGUCGACCAAGGCGACCCUUUCCUGCAGCUGCUGCCAUUGACAUCACGGGACGCUGCCCACACCGAUUUUGUUAAUGCGCGGCUGAAAGGUGUUGAUACGACGGGUUCUGCGCAAUACCAGCUGCUGCCUGCGAGUCAGCAACAGAGCUCGCCCGUUUCCGCGGAGGAGAAGAAGAAGCUUUACGAGGAGAAGGUGCUCAGUCACUGGCCAGCCAUUCUCGUCGGCUGUCUUAUCGCCGUCGGGCUGCUGGUGGUGCUAAUCAUCUGGAAAUGUUGCUGCCGUAAACGCAAGGGCAAAGGAACGAAUGAUGCCGCGCUGCUUUCCCAGAAGAAUCAGACAUAUCUGCCGCUGCAAGCUCAGGGGGGAGCGUCGAUGACGAACGUGGGGUACGCUGGAAGCCCAGGAUAUCCUCAGCAGGAGUAUGCUGGUGCUGGUGGGUCUGGCUACCCCCAGCAAGGCUAUGUUGGUGGGUCUGGUUACCCCCAGCAGCAGCAUCAGGGUUAUCCACAGCAAGGUCAUUACUAGUUUUGGACCAAACGAUUGCCUGCAUCUGGUUCUCGGACUGCUUUGAUAUAAUCCAUUUUACGCUGUGCCGCAUCGACCUGUUGUGAUUUAUCCGGUAAACUAUCGUAUGUGUAGGCGUCUAAUCCCAAUAACAAUGUAACCCCGCAGUGCGCACGUCGCUGCAAGUUCGCCAGACACACCGCUUUUGCCUUUCUGUGAUCGACUACCACUGGUUUGGUAAACACACACGCAAGCAUCUCCUUCUUUCUUUACCCCACAAUGUCGGUCAUCGACCUCUCCCAGCCGCUUUCCGCUAUCCUCCGAGAGGGGACGAAGAAAGCCCAUCAAGAAGUCGAGACCAGUGCCGGUGCGGCGGCUCUGCUCAAAGGCGAGCUUCCCAAGGAGGAGUAUGUCAGGUUUCUCAUGAUGCUCUGGCAUGUGUACGACACAUUCGAGAAAGCCCUGGAGCGCCACCAGGCGAAUCCCAUCCUCGAGCCGACGUACAACCCCGCUCUCCUCGCACGUGCACCCGCUCUCUCUGCGGACAUUGCCUAUAUCCUAAGCAUACCCGAGUCAUCAUGGAAGUCUCACCCCAUCCAUGAAGCACUGCAGGCAUCCCGGCCGCAGGCGCUCACUGACUAUGUCAAUGCUGUGAACUCCAUAUCUGACUCGAAUGACCCCGCGCCCCUCCUUGCACACGCAUACGUGCGCUAUCUGGGGGACCUGAGCGGCGGGCAGACGAUCCAGCGUGCCCUGGGCAAGGCGUACCACCUGACGCCGAACGGGCCGGGGCUCGAGUUCUACAAGUUCAAGGAGCUGACGACGAACAAGCAGGCGACGAUCGGCGAGAUGAAGCGCAUCAAGGACUGGUUCCGGGCCGGCAUGGACAAGGGUGCUGGGGACAACAUGGACGCGAAGGCGGCCAUCAUGGACGAGGCGUCCCGCGUGUUUGAAUACAACGGGGCUCUGUUCCGGGCUAUCUCGACAGAGAAGCCCAAGGUCGUGUACAGCAAGCCCGAAGAAGGCACGGGGUCCAAGACGUACUCUGUGGCCUCCGUGGUCUCGUUCAUCCUUGCGCUGUGCAUAGCGCACUUUGCACUCACCGUGGGAGGCUUCACGGGCGAGCGAGGCUACGAGAAGCUCGUGGCCGUCGAGCAGUGGCUCGGCGGUCGCAUCACCGGCACAGGAUGAGCGCUCCCAGGCUGCUGUGACUUAUGUUGUUGUCUUCGUUUUCAGCUGUUAUGACUCAGGCUACCGCUUUGAGAUCCGCGUAUAGUAUGCUAGUGUGCACUAAUGUCAAUUUCUACUACAUAGAUUGAAUCAUUCGCCCAGUCAGCCUGGGGAGGGAUCAUUCCGGAUUUGCGCGGGCUUAGAAACGAUCUCCUUUUGGGUGUUCCUGGCGACUGCUAUCCCAGAGAAAGUCGGGUAUGAAAGACACCUAGCUUGAUCUGUCUGAAGGGCUGCGGCUUUGUGAGACGGCGCUACUAAGAGCCGGAACUGGAACCAAUCGGGAAUGCUCGCAUUGAAAGCAGCUGAAAAAGUAAGCGGAACUCUCAGCAUAUCCUCUUCACGUGAUAGGUCGUGGGAACCUGAACGAUCACUAAUCACUGGCGCCAUAGCCAUCUGCUUCAAACCCCCAUCUCGUCAGUGUACGUAAACUUCCAAGCCUUACUCCGUCAAUGAAGGACGCUCCGGCCUCCAUUCCGUGGCCAGGUGCGCUCGCACACGAUUUGGGCAGGGAAUGCCUGGAAACCGGACUUUCCGCCCGCCCGAGAGGGUUGCUUCGGGCUUCACUUCUCUCGCUCGCGGCCAUUGAGGAGAGUACGGCCGCCGAAUGAAAUGACAGAAAGUGGAUGUGGGGCACAUGCUUGAUGGAAUUAUUGCGUCUGGUGUUCCGUGCGCUCUCUGCCUCGUCUUCGGGUGUUCCCUUGAGUGGCCUUGAAGUGGAGAAAAGAGACCUGAACCCCGAUCUCUACCGUGCCAAAGCGAGAGACCAGCUACAAAACUUUCUGGUCUUUACUGAUUCCGCGUCCUCUGGGAUGUGCUCGAAACAGCCAUCAACAUGUAUGAAUUGGCCAGUGUCUAGCGCUAUCGUGCUGCUUGCUGAUCAAGGCUGGAAGCACCCCUGGACUACGGCGACAUUUCACUCUUCUCGAAAGACUGUUCAGCUGAGUCCUCAGGCACUUGUGGCCCUUUGUAAUGAUGUCGCCCGCCUACAAGUCAUUCAGCACGGCCAACUCGGAUCGGAGCAAACCACUCGCCACUCACUGAUCAGAUACCACACUGCGCUGAUCGCUGCAAACCCCACGAACACGACCGACGCGUAAUCUGGGGCAGUGUGUCAGCUCGCCUGUCGGACCGCAGCAAACAGCCACCCGUCGUACUCAUGCUCUGCCGCGUGACGGGCACCGCCGGGGGCAUCGAGAACAGAACGAGCUGGAACGCGACCCACACCACUGCGAUCCCGUUCAUCGCAGCGCCAAAGCGGCCCAAGGGGAACGGCGAGUCGUGCAUGUCCUUCCGGCCGUUGAAGAGCGAGACGGCAAUGGGGAAUGUAUAGCUGGCGCCAAGACAGAUGACCGCGACGGCGACGAACGCGUUGAACGCCGUGCUAGACCCGAGGUACAGCAGCCCCAGAGCGAGCUGGAUGGCCGUGGAGAGCAGGAGCGCGUUGAGCGGCACGCCGAGGUGGGGGUGCACCACGGAGAAUGUGCGGUGGAAGGGCAGAGCGCUGUCCCGCGCAAAAGCCCACGUCGAGCGGGAGGCGGCACACGCGAUCGAGAUCGCGCAGAACAUGCCAAUGCCGA